AUAGCCCGUCAAUGAAGAUGGAGAGAGACGAAGAAAACAGAGAGGGAAUUUACGGCAGAACGACGCUGCUGACCGCGGUAAACGUCCAGGCGAGGAGCUUGUGCCUGAUUCACAGAGUUUAGGAGAUGCUUCUGAGCUGCAACUUUGUUAGUCCAACCGUCGUUCGAGAUGGUCCGACGGUCGCGCAAUGCUGGCGGCGAGAGCCGUCGGUCGCCGCGCCAAUUCGGCCGUCUGAGUCGGUCCUAGCGGCCUUGCGGUGCUCCCGGGCGGGCCAUGAGGCGGUUGGUUUAUGCGCACCGGAGACCACGGAGGGCGGUGGAAAGGGAUUUGCAGAGAGGCUGAGGCUGGGGCGGCUGGAAGAGGACGGGCUUUCGUAUAAGGAGAACUUCAUUGUUCGAUGCUAUGAGGUUGGGAUUAAUAAGACGGCAACUGUUGAAACCAUUGCAAAUCUCCUCCAGGAAGUUGGUUGCAACCAUGCACAGAGUGUUGGAUUUUCUACAGACGGUUUUGCCACGACGACCACUAUGAGAGAACUUCGCCUUAUAUGGGUCACUUCUCGCAUGCACAUUGAAAUAUACAAGUAUCCUGCAUGGGGUGAUGUUGUCGAGAUUGAAACUUGGUGCCAGGGAGAAGGAAAAAUUGGCACUAGGCGUGAUUGGAUUCUCAAAGAUUUGACCACUGGUUUAGUUAUUGGCAGAGCGACAAGCAAAUGGGUCAUGAUGAAUCAAGACACUAGGAAACUUCAGCGAGUAAGUGAUGAAGUGAAGGAGGAGUAUCUUGUUUUCUGUCCGCGAACUCCCAGGUAAGAUUUGUUUGACUUUAUUUUUUUCAUUUUGUC